AUGGUGGAAGAGCUGUCAGACAUAUUAAGAAAGUUUGCCCUGUCUGAGGAGGAGUUAGGUGGAGCAGCUUUGGAUCUUGGAGAUGUGAAUACUGCAAUAAGAGAAUGUCAGGCAAGCUUGGAAGGGAAAAUAGUUGGGGAAAAAGUGGCUAAUUUUGUGGGAGUAAAAAAUUUUGUUAACACUGCUUGGGGGUACCCAAAGGAACUGAAGAUUGUUGAACUUGGUCUCAACCAUUUUCAAUUUUUCUUACCAUCUGAAAAUGAACGGGAAAGGAUCUUAGGGGGCGGGCCUUGGAUUUUGGAUAAUCAAAUCCUGGUGAUAAACAAAUGGACUGAAGGGAUAGAGGAAGAUGACAGGGCUUUUAGAACUGCACCACUAUGGAUCCAAGUUUGGAAUUUACCUGUGCACUGGAUAUCAAAAGAUGUGGGUCGAAAGAUAGGGAAGGUCUUCAAAGAAGUAAGAGAAGUGAUAGUUCCCCAAACUGGAAGCAAGGAAGGAAGGCACCUAAAAAUCCCAGUGGAAGCAGACAUCUCCAAGCCUUUGAUGAGAGGAACUACGAUCCAAGAAAAUGGAACUAUUAAAUGGUUAUCUUUCAGGUAUGAAAGGUGCCCUGAUUUUUGCUAUAAAUGUGGGAUAGUGGGGCACAGUGAAAGGAGCCGCGAAGUGGAGGUGGGAGUGGGAAAGAAUAAGGUAGACAACCAGUAUGGACCGUGGAUGAGAGCAAGCAGGGGAAAGGGAUCGCCACAGAAAGACCAGUCAGACAACAGAUAUACAAAGGAUAAAGCUGUCUGGGGUUUUAAAAAUGGAGAGCUAAUCCCCAAGGAGGGAGGAGGAGCAAAGGGAAUAGGUUUAGGAGAGGAAUUACAGAAGAUGAAUGUUAGAACUGAGACUGUGAGCAGGACAAGUUCCAACCUGUAG